CCACGUUCUUCUUCGUGUCCGCGUGCACAGUCUCCGGUGCGGGCUGUCAGAGCUCCAUGUCACCGGCAGCCUCCUGAAAGCGCGCCGCCCGUCCGCUCGUACCCAGGUCCGGAGGUGCAGUAUGAGUAUGGCUGGAUCGCUGCCGCGCGCCGCCGAUGGGACCGCGCUGUGAGCGCCGCGUCCGGACCGAAGGCUCGUACUCGCGCACCCGCCCAGAGACUUGCGUCGCGCUCGGCCCCCUCGAGCGGGGAUGAUCAGGAUCUUCCCGGAUUUCAGCGUCCAGGUGACGGCGGCGGCCGGCGGGGCAGCCGGGGGGAUGGCGGCGGGUCCCACCGUGGGCAGAAUGCCCGGCUCCACGAACGGCGCGCCGCAGAACGUGCAGGGCAUCUCCUCGUACCAGCAGAGCGACCCCUACUGGGAGAGGCCCGCUAAUGCCAGCUCCUGUUCAGCCUCUAGGCCCAAGACACUCCACCUUGGAGGGCAACAGCAUACCUCAUCUCCAUGGUUGCAGGCGCUGAGAAAGGAGAAGUCCCGAGAUGCGGCUCGCUCACGACGUGGGAAGGAAAAUUUUGAAUUUUAUGAACUGGCCAAGAUGCUGCCACUGCCAGGUGCCAUCACCAGCCAGCUGGACAAGGCUUCCAUCAUCCGCCUCACCAUCAGCUACCUGAAAAUGAGGGACUUUGCCAGCCAGGGGGACCCACCCUGGAAUCUGCGCAUAGAGGGCCCACCACCCAACACCUCGGUCAAAGCUAUAGGGGCUCAGCGGCGGAGGAGUCCCAGUGCGGUGGCCUCCGAGAUCUUCGAGCCGCACCUAGGGAGCCAUAUUCUGCAGUCUCUGGACGGAUUUGUAUUUGCACUAAACAAGGAGGGGAGGUUUUUGUAUAUCUCGGAAACAGUGUCCAUAUACCUGGGUCUCUCUCAGGUGGAGCUGACGGGCAGCAGCGUGUUCGACUACGUGCACCCUGGAGACCACGUGGAGGUGGCCGAGCAGCUGGGCAUGAAACUGCCUCCGGGCCGGGGGCUUCUCUCCCAGGGUGCCGCAGAGGAUGGUGCCAGCUCCGCCUCGUCCUCCUCCCAGUCAGAGACCCCAGAGCCAGUGGAGUCCACCAGCCCCAGCCUCCUGGCUCCGGACAAUACCCUCGAGCGCUCCUUCUUCAUCCGCAUGAAGUCCACGCUGACCAAGAGAGGGGUCCACAUCAAGUCCUCUGGGUACAAGGUGAUUCAUAUCACGGGACGGCUGCGGAUCCGGAUGGCGCUGACUCACAGCCGAUCGGUGCCCAACCAGAUUAUGGGCAUGGUGGUGGUGGCCCACGCCCUCCCCCCGCCCACCAUCAACGAAGUGCGCAUUGACUGCCAGAUGUUCGUAACUCGAGUGAACAUGGACCUCAACAUCGUCUACUGUGAGAACAGAAUUAGUGACUACAUGGACUUGACCCCGGUGGAUAUUGUUGGAAAGAGAUGCUACCAGUUCAUUCACGCGGAGGAUGUUGAGGGCAUCCGGCACAGCCAUCUGGACCUGAUGAACAAGGGACAGUGCGUGACCAAGUACUACCGCUGGAUACAGAAGAACGGGGGCUACAUCUGGAUCCAGUCCAGCGCCACUAUCGCCAUCAACGCCAAGAACUCGAGCGAGAAGAACAUCAUCUGGGUCAACUACGUCCUCAGCAACCCCGAGUACAAGGACACGCCCAUGGACAUCGCCCAGCUCCCUAACCGCCCAGAGAAAGCGUCCGAGUCGUCGGAGACUUCGGAUUCCGAGUCGGACUCCAAGGAGAACUCCGAGGACAACGAGAACUUCAAGUCGGACGGGAAGGGUAACCAGUCCGAAAACAGCGAGGACCCCGAGUCGGAGCACAGGAAGCAGUCGGGCCAGGCCUCGGAGCAGGAGAUGCGUCGCCAGGAGGAGAGGGACAGCUCCAGCAACCCCGAGAGCCAGGACAGCGAGGACAGUCUGGAGCCGUCGGACUGCGAGGGGGACGACAAGGAGGGCCGGCUGGGCCGGCUGCGUGGCCUGCACAUCAAGGUCGAGCGUUACGGGGAGGGGGAGGCGGCGGAGCUGCGCGACUCACCCUCGUCGGACGAGGACGACAGCGCCAAGGACUCGGACAGCGCCGCCGACCUCAACGCGGCGCCGUCCAGCAAGCACCAGAAGCGCAAGAAGAGGAGGAAAAAGCAGAAGGGCGACGGCAGGCGCAGACGCCGCCUGUCGUCGGCCACACCGAGCCCAGGCGUCCUGGAGCCCACGCUGGGCGAGCAGCACACCCUGCUGCCUCCGCCCUCGCCCGCCAGCGCCUCGGUGCUCAAGAUCAAGACGGAGAUGUCAGAGCCCAUCAACUUCGACAACGACAGCAGCAUCUGGAACUACCCGCCCAACAGGGAGAUCUCCAGGAACGAGUCGCCGUACAGCAUGACCAAGCCGCCCGCGCCCACAGAGCACUUCCCGUCGUCCGCGGCCGGGGGCCUGCAGGUCGCCAUUCCCGAGUCGGUCCUCACGCCUCCCGGGACCGAAGGCACGGGCACGCGCAAGCCUCCGUACGGCGGUAACGCCCCGUCUUCGGCCUCGAGCGUAGCUAGCCUGGCUCCGCCCUCAAGCUCCUCCUCCUCGGACCCGCUGUCCCCGCCCCUCUCCGCGUCCCCUCGUGACAAGCAGCAGGGGACCCCGAGUACUUCCGGCUCUUUGCUGUACACCAGCGACCUGGAGGCCCUCCAGCGGCUGCAGGCCGGCAACGUGGUGCUUCCGCUGGUCCACCGGGUGACGGGAACCCUGGCGGCCACCAGCACUGCGGCGCAGCGGGUCUACACCACGGGCACGAUCCGCUACGCGCCCGCCGACGUCACCCUCGCCAUGCAGGGCAACCUGCUGCCCGGCGCACACGCCAUGAACUUCGUGGACGUCAACAGUCCGGGCUUCAGCAUCGACCCCAAGACGCCCAUGGAGAUGCUGUACCACCACGUGCACCGGCUCAACAUGUCCGGCCCCUUCGGGAGCGGAGUCAGCGGCGCCAGCCUCGCCCAGAUGCCGGCAGCGAACGUGUUCACCACGGCCGAGGGACUCUUCUCCACUCUUCCGUUCCCCGUCUACAGCAACGGGAUCCACACCACACAAACUCUGGAGCGCAAAGAAGAUUAAAGCAAAACAAGACCAUUAUACUGUGUUUAACUGUCUAAGACUGAGGCAUAAGACUGUGUUUCAAAUGGGUAAAAAAAUAAUUCUAGCACUUUGAAUUUGAGCCACUGAGCUCAUGAGUAUUGAAAUGAAUGGUCCCCACGUCUCUCUCUCUCUCUCUCUCUCUCUC